GCUCGCGUUUCCAAAGGCUGAAGGUCUUAAUAAGUUGACUCUUCUCCGUUACCGGAGAAGCGCCAGGGAAAGGCUUGAUUUCCCUUCCAUCAAGGAUAACAGGAUGGAGCGGUAUGUGUGUGUGCUCGUGCUGAUCUUGAGCGCGCCGGUCAUGGCAGCAGCGGACUGCGCCUCGCGGUGUUUGAGAUGCGCACAGGAGCUGCCCAACGCGGACACAUCCGUGGACAGUCUGGCUUGCACGUUAGAGUGUGAAGGGGCUGUCACGAGUUCGUGGGAAUUAAAUAAAUGUGACCGAAUCCUCAAACAGCAGCCCACGGGGUUGACUUCUGAAGACGAUGCGCACAACGCGCCCGACGCGGAGGACAGCCAAGAGUCUUCUCUCCCGAGUCUGGUCAAGCGCUACGGCGGCUUCAUCAAGCGGAUUGAUAAAAAUAAACUUUUUAAAUCGCCUUGGUACGACAACGCUGUUCUGAAAGGACUUUUCGCCAAGAAAUUCGGUGAACCUCUUGGAAAAUUUGGUGAGCGUGAGGUACCGGAAUUAGCCGAGGACACGGAGCGAGAGGAUGUGGCAUCAGAGAGCGAGACUGGAGUAUAUGACGACGCUGCCUUGAACCCCGUCAAACGCUACGGAGGAUUUUUACGCAAAUUUCCGAAGCGAAGCGAGUCCUCGGAGGAGACCGGCCGGCAGGAGCUUCAGAAGAGGUACGGAGGGUUCAUGCGCAGGAUUCGGCCCAAGCUGCGGUGGGACAACCAAAAGAGAUACGGAGGCUUCUUACGGCGUCACUUCAAAAUCUCCGUGAGAUCGGAGGAGGACCCAGCAUAUGAUGAUCUUGGUCUUUAGGCCAUCGCUCAACCUGCCCUCACUGCCUCCUUUCACUCAAAACUUCUUUCGCAAAUCCGUGAGAAUGUUCUCCAUAGUCCUUCAUGUGUGCUCCCGGGGCUGGUGUCGUCACUGCGGGUUCAGAUCACCUCGUAGGAAAACACAGACUCGCGUCCUUGUCAAGUCACUAAGUCUAAUGGACAUUCAGGUGAAUUAAAAAAAAACAUUUGUUGUUAUGCGUGAACACACACACACUGUGCGUCCUGUAUUGAAACCAGUUAUGCUUGUUUGAUUAACUAUAAACUAUAUCGGCUAAAUAUAAUAAAGGCAAAUGCAUAAUUGGCCAAAGCUGCAAGGAAGUGCUGUUUUGAGUUACUUUACAACAGAGACUGGAUAUGUCGACACU